CACUAGUACUUCUCUCCAUUCUCCAUACCCUUACCUUCAUCACUGCAAAAUUCUGAUAAAACUCCUAGUCUACUUCACUCUUCUCUUUUAUCUUUUCUUCCCCAUCCCUCUGUCUUCCAGUUAUUUCAGUUCGCUCUCUUAUACUUUAAAUACUUCCUCUGUCUCUCUUUAAGGAAAGAGAGUGAAUAAGCCAUGGAAAUUGACCAGUUAAAGUCUGCAACACAAGAUCAGAUGGAGAUGAUGAUGAUGAUGAUGGACAAACUCCCCGACUUCUACGGUGCCUAUCACGAUGUUGCUGAUUUAGCCCCGCCAUCUGAGUUUCCUGGUGCAACUACUGCCAUCAACGACACUGUUGCCUCUGAUGCUAUCCCGCAUUUUAUCGAUAACAACCCACAUAUCGGUACCUCGCCUCCUUAUAUGGCCAUACCAUUUACUAGUGAUAACGCCCCAAUUCACCAGCAAUCUCCCCCAGCUGCUUUCCUAUCAAAUCCACCCACAUCAAGAUGGAGAGGUGCUGCAGAAUUUCCAGGUCCAAAUGCUUAUUCUACACCAUCCCAGAAGAAGAAUUCAAUGGCUGCAAUGAGGGAGAUGAUCUUUCGAAUCGCAGCCAUGCAACCAAUCCACAUAGACCCAGAAUCUGUUAAGCCACCAAAGCGUAGAAACGUGAAAAUUUCAAAAGAUCCUCAGAGUGUAGCUGCACGCCAUAGAAGGGAAAGGAUUAGUGAGAGAAUAAGGAUACUUCAAAGACUAGUCCCUGGAGGUACCAAAAUGGACACUGCAUCUAUGUUAGACGAGGCAAUUCACUACGUGAAGUUCUUGAAAACUCAAGUGCAGUCGCUGGAGAGAGCUCAGGCUACUAGGUCAUCAUCAGCUGGGAUAGGAUUCCCUGUAGCAAUGUCCAGUGGGAGUUAUCUUCCUGUGGGAAAGGCCUGCCUGCAGGAGCCUCCUCAUCAAAAUGUUCAACAUUUCGAAGAUGCUUAAAUAUUAAUUAACUCAUCAUAAAGCAAGUUAAUAGUCUUAUAAUCUUAAUUUUGGCUCUGCGGGGUUGUAAAAAGCUUAAUCAUUUAUGCAUUUGCCAUUGUUAGUU